AUGCGUCAUUGCCCACAGUCGCCGGAUAAAGGGCCUUCGAUCUCCAUGUGUAAGGCGCAGUCUGAAACUCAGCGCCGCACCUUUCGAGAGCAGCGGCGAGCUUCCGCGAAAGGCAUGGGCGCCCUGCAACAACAGCUGGAAAGCCGCAUCCAGCGGCUGCAGAGGCACACGGAGGAGCUGAGAGGAGAGUUGCAGCCCGGGUGUGCGAACUGCAGUGCCAGCUUCGCCGCUCCAGACACCCUGUUUUGCCAUCGCUGUGGACAGAAGCGGGUUCCUACGCCGGAGAGGCAAAGCGCACAUCUCUCCGAUGAGAGUCGUUCAUUUGACGGGCGCCGCCUUGAGCACACGCUGCUGGGCGUGGCUUAA